AUUUGCAUUUGGACUACUCUCAAUUUAGAUUACUCCCUUUUGACAGUCUUUGGAAGCAAUUAUUUUUGUGAAAAUGAUUUAAAAACGGGUUUUAUUUUUAGCCAGACUGUUAGCCUCGUAGGGUACCUACCCAGCAUCAAUGGGCGUAUACCCCACACCAGUUAUCCUGCUGAAGGAGGGGACAGACACGUCUCAGGGCAUUCCCCAGCUCGUCAGUAACAUCAAUGCUUGCCAGGUGAUUGCUGAGGCUGUCAGGACCACCCUGGGGCCCCGGGGGAUGGACAAACUGAUGGUAGAUGGCAGAGGUAAGGCCACAAUCUCCAAUGAUGGAGCCACCAUCCUGAAACUGCUGGAUGUGGUUCACCCUGCAGCCAAGACCCUGGUGGACAUCGCUCGCUCCCAGGAUGCUGAGGUCGGAGAUGGCACCACCUCAGUCACUCUUCUGGCUGCUGAGUUCCUGAAGCAGCUUAAGUCGUACGUGGAGGAGGGUCUCCACCCACAGACCAUUAUCAGAUCGUUUCGCACUGCCACCCAACUCGCUGUCAAAAAGAUCAAUGAGAUCGCCGUCUCUGUGAAGAAAUACGACAAGCAGGAGCAGAGGCAGCUGCUGGAGAAGUGUGCAGCCACUGCCCUGAACUCCAAGCUCAUUGCCGGUCAGAAGGAGUUCUUCUCCAAAAUGGUGGUGGAUGCUGUCAUGUCUCUGGACGAGCUGCUGUCUCUUAAGAUGAUUGGCAUCAAGAAGGUCCAGGGAGGAGCCCUUGAGGAUUCCCAAAUGAUCUCUGGGGUUGCGUUCAAGAAGACCUUCUCCUACGCUGGGUUUGAGAUGCAGCCUAAACGCUAUGACAAUCCAAAGAUUGCUUUGCUCAAUGUGGAGCUGGAGCUGAAGGCUGAGAAGGAUAACGCUGAGGUCCGCGUGAAAUCUGUGGAGGAAUACCAGGCCAUUGUGGACGCAGAGUGGAACAUCCUGUACGACAAACUGGAGAAGAUCUAUCAGUCAGGAGCCAAAGUGGUUUUGUCCAAGUUACCCAUCGGGGAUGUGGCCACCCAGUUCUUUGCUGACAGAGACCUGUUCUGUGCUGGCAGGGUGCAGGAGGAGGAUAUGAAGAGGACCAUGAUGGCCUGCGGUGGCUCCAUCCAGACCUCGGUAGGUGCCCUGACAGACGAUGUCCUGGGACUGUGUGAACUCUUCGAAGAGGUCCAGGUUGGAGGAGAGAGGUACAACUUCUUUAAGGGCUGCCCAAAGGCGAAGACCUGCACCAUCAUCCUGAGGGGCGGAGCAGAACAGUUCACAGAGGAAACGGAGCGAUCACUGCAUGAUGCCAUCAUGAUUGUACGCAGAGCCAUCAAGAGCGACUCCAUUGUAGCGGGUGGAGGAGCCAUAGAGAUGGAGCUGUCCAAGUACCUGCGGGAUUAUUCCAGGACCAUCCCUGGGAAACAGCAGCUGCUGAUCGGAGCGUACGCCAAGGCCCUGGAGAUCAUACCCAGACAGCUGUGUGACAACGCCGGCUUUGAUGCUACCAACAUUCUGAACAAACUGCGCGCCAAACACGCACAGGGUGGUAUGUGGUACGGUGUAGACAUCAACAACGAGGACAUCGCAGACAACUAUGUUGCCUGCGUGUGGGAACCAUCCAUUGUGAGGAUCAAUGCUCUGACGGCGGCGUCAGAGGCAGCCUGCCUCAUCCUGUCAGUGGAUGAGACCAUCAAGAACCCGCGCAGCAGUAUGGAUGGGCCUCCUGGCGGUGGCCGGGGCAGAGGCUGCGGCAGACCCCACGCUCACUAAGAGAAGCAAGAACAAAAGCACAUUUUAAACUGGCAUUAAAAUCCAAAUGCAGAAACAGGAUUGUGUCUUCAGUUCCAGUCAGGCUACAUUUACACAUGGUUGCAGAUAUUGUGUAGAAUAAAGAUUGGCAUGUUUGAUCUGCAUUUGGAUUUGAAUUCUAGAUAAAAUUAGGCGCUGUAAACGGUCAUAGACAUGUUGCAAAUUGCAAGUGUAGUGAAACAAAUAAAAGGGGGAAAAUUACAAGUUUAUCUAGCAAUUUCGAGAUGGAUUCUUUAGAAUUUUUCAAAUAUGGCUGACAUUUGUUGUUUUCUUUGUCACGUUUAUUUUUGUUUUUGUACUGAAGCUUUCACUUGGUAACGUCUGUUUAACAUUUCAAGCCUCGCAUCUUUCCAGGUGUAGCCAUUUUACUGAGAAAUAUUGAAAUUCAAGAAUAAUGUAAUUAGUUUCCCCCCUUGGUUUUGUAUCAAACACGCUCCUGUCCCCUCCAAGUUAGCUCUUCCUCUCUGACCUGAAGCAGCUGUUCCAUCGUUUCUAAUACGGAUGUUACUUGACAAACUGAUGUGUAACAUGGGAAGUAAAGCACUGAUGUUAAGCAGUUCUGAACCAUUCGUUGGUUAUGCUAUGUGAAACUAUUUAUUGGACCAUUGUUAUCAAUAAAUUCACAGCUGAAAUCAUACUGUUUUUGUAAACAUCUGGUCAAGGGUGGAGACAGAAGAGAUUGUUGACAGCAGUGGCAGGUGUGUUGCCCCUUUUAAAUAAAGUAAAGCAUGGUCUUGCUGUGGUACACGGGUCAUAAAAUUAGGACAGUGUACGGAUGAUGCUUUGGAAUCAUUUUGCAACUUUCACAGAUAAAAAUAAACAAAACUCAAAACAAGGUUGGGUCAGCAUGUU